GCUUGAAGAGUGACACAAGAGUGUGUUAUCCAAAAACCUAAAUUUUUUGUGGCUCCCCUUUGAUUGUUAUUAUAACACUAAUUUCUCUCUUAAAACAGAGUCCUUCCUCAACAAUUCAUUAUCUUCCACAGCUUGAAACCAUGAAUGACAAAGUAGACAAGCUGGUCAUCUUCCUGGCAAAGCGAGACGGCAUUGACAAGCUCGUCAAGACCUUCCAGUACGUCUCCAAGCUCGUCCACUGGCACGCCGAAGCCACCCAGCCAGCCAUUGCGCAACGAUUCAAACACUGGGAAGUUGCCUCCGGCCUCAGCAGAAAAGCCUUCAGAACCGGCAGGUUCCUCACCGGAUUCAACCUUCUAAGGCGAAACCCCGGCUCCACACCAACGCUCAGGUUUUUGGCGGUUCUCGCCAAUUCAGGCGAAAUGGUUUACUGGUUUUUUGACCACUUUCUGUGGCUGUCAAGAAUUGGGACUUUGGACCAAAACUUGGCCAGAAGGAUGAGCUUCAUAUCAGCUUUUGGUGAGUCUUUCGGCUAUAUUUUCUUCAUUAUAUCUGAUUUUAUAAUAAUGAAAGAGGGUUUAAAAGAAGAGAGAAAGCUUGUCAGUGAAGAUUCAAAGGAUGCGAAAGAAAGUGUGAGGAAGAUAAGAGGCGAUAGAGUGAUGAGGUUGAUGGCAGUGGCGGCAAAUGUUGCAGACUUAGUAAUUGCACUGGCGGAUAUUGAACCGAACCCGUUUUGCAACCAUGCGGUUACUCUUGGGAUUAGUGGAUUGGUUUCUGCUUGGGCUGGAUGGUACAGAAACUGGCCAUCGUAAACAAAUUGCCAUUGCUUUCACUUCUGGUGUAACUAUUGAACUUGGCAAGAAGUUGAGUGUACUUCGGAGAGUUUUGGACUCAGAAUAUGGGUUCUCUCUGCUUAAAAUGAUUUUGCUUAGAAUUACUAGGAAAUAGGACCGUUUAUUUUCAAUACAUUUUGCCACUUUCUGAAAA